UCUGGCAUCCAUGGCGUUUCCGGAGCUCUCGAAAUAUGGCAUAUUGUGCUUCAGUACCAUCUUGUUCGCAGGCCUUACCAACGCUGUAACUCUCGACAUCACCAACGCAGCGGUCGUGGCGAAUGGUAUGAUGGCAUGGUACAAAGGCAAUGAUACUGGCGGCACACCUGGUAUCCUGCCUGGUCCAUACUAUUGGUGGGAGGCGGGAGGAAUGUUUGGCCAUAUGAUCAAUUACUGGUACUACACUGGCGACGACUACUACAACUCGAUCGUUUCUCAAGCCAUCCAGUGGCAGGCUGGAACAGGGGCUGAUUUCCUACCUAUAAACCAGACCAAGGAUGAAGGCAACGACGAUCAGGUCUUUUGGGCUUUCACUGCUAUGGACGCCGCUGAACUCAACUUUCCUGCACCGACGAAACCGGACGCGCCUUCUUGGCUCUCUCUGGCACAAGCAGUCUUUAACGAGAUGGCUAGCCGAUGGGACACCAGUACCUGUGGUGGUGGUCUUCGAUGGCAGAUUUACACCUUCAACGCAGGAUACGACUACAAAAACUCAAUAUCAAAUCUUGGACUCUUCCAACUGUCUGCUCGACUCGCACGCUAUACCAACAAUGCGACAUACACUGAAUGGGCUGAGAAGACAUGGCAGUGGUACUCGGAUGCCUCGCUCUGGGACGGCAAAACGUAUCAGGUCUUCGACGGCACGACAACAGAUAGCAAUUGCACUUCAGUGGAUCACUUUCAGUGGACGUACAACUAUGCCGCCGCAAUCGGCGGUGCAGCGUACAUGUACAAUCAUGUAUGUCGGACCGUCAACUAUUGGUUAGACAUAGUCGAAGGUCUCCUCAACACGACAUGGAGUACAUUCUUCCCAGCUUCCAUGGGCAACAAGAUCAUGGUCGAAAUAACCUGUCAGCCUCUGGGCAACUGCGACACAGAUCAACUUUCGUUCCGCUCAUACCUUGCUCGCACGUUAGCAGUCACGACACAACUCAUUCCUUCUCUGCACGACACCAUCUACCCCUAUCUGCGGGCUUCAGCGCAAGGAGCAGCAGGGCAGUGCGACGGAGGCGUGACAGGCGCCAUAUGUGGAAUGGAGUGGAACACAACAGUAUGGGAUGGUACAUACGGUGUUGGUCAGGAGAUGUCAGCGCUUGCAGUGAUCCAGUCAUUGAUGCUUGAUGUCACUACUGAGGACGCGGUAAAAUUCACGCCGCCAUUGACGUCGUCGACUGGAGGUAAUAGCACGAGCAAUCCAAGUGCUGGAACGGGAAGCAAUAAACCCAAGUUCCAGCCGGCUGUGUUCACGGAAAAAAUUACAGCUGGGGACAAGGCAGGGGCCGCGAUAUUGACGGUCGUAGUUGUGACGUUUGUUGUUGGAGGGUCGGCAUGGCUGGUCCUGUUCGAU